CCUCACACUACCCGUUUUAACUUUAACCUAGCCUAACAAAGCUAAUCUAUCCCUCCAGGAGCCGAACACUUAUCCUGGCCAGUUAAACGGCUGAGGGAGCCUUUUGUAGCUCAUCACCGCGCGUUCAUGUCUCGUUUGCUCCUGGCGCUGUCACCCUCCAUCAGCUGUACUGUCCCCCGCCACACCGCCAGGUAAACACCGGCCAGCCCCCAUGAAGACACCGCCGCUGUCCCCUUACACAUGGAGGCCAGUUGAAUAACACACAGCAGCCGCGUGGAGCCUGAGGCACCAUGGAUCUCUCAGCGCCUGCUCGGGUGGUAGCCCUCCUCCACUGACCUCACCUCCUCCUCCCCAUCUCUUCCUCCACCUUUCCCUCUUUCAUCUACCCGUCUUCCUCCUCACCCCAGCCCUCCCUACCCUCACGUCUGUGACCCAAGGUUACCACUCAGCCCCUCCUACAUCAUGGCAGGAGAGAAAGGGCCAACCAAGCGAAGCGCCAUGGACAUCAAGCGCCUGGCAAGCCUGAUCCAGCGAGGAACGGGCCGCUUGCUGGUGAUUGACAGCAGAACCUUUUCUGAGUACAAUGCGUCACACGUGCAAGGUGCGGUCAACGUUUGCUGCUCCAAGCUGGUGAAGAGGCGUCUGCAGCAGGACAAGGUGUCUGUCACUGAGCUGCUGCAACCCAACGGCAAGGUGAAGGUGGAGUUGGGCAGGAAGCAGGAAGUGGUGGUUUAUGACCAGAGUUCCAAAGAAGCGGGGCACCUUUCCAAAGACGGCUUCGUGCACAUUCUCAUGGGGAAGCUGGAGGGCACCUUCCACAAAGUCUCCCUGCUUACUGGAGGUUUUGCUGCUUUCUCCUCCUGUUUCCCCGGCCUGUGCGAAGGGAAGCCUGCCACUGCUCUGCCUAUGAGCUUGUCCCAGCCCUGCUUGCCUGUGGCUAAUGUAGGGCCCACUCGCAUCCUGCCACACCUCUACCUGGGCUCACAGAAGGACGUCCUCAACAAGGACCUGAUGGCUCAGAAUGGUAUCACCUAUGUGCUGAAUGCCAGCAACACCUGCCCCAAGCCAGACUUUAUCAGUGAGAGCCACUUCAUGCGCAUCCCAGUAAAUGACAACUACUGUGAGAAACUGCUUCCCUGGCUGGACAAAACUAAUGAAUUCAUAGACAAAGCUAAGGUGUCAAACUGCAGAGUCAUUGUGCACUGCCUGGCUGGAAUCUCGCGUUCAGCAACCAUCGCCAUUGCAUACAUCAUGAAGACAAUGGGCUUGUCAUCAGACGACGCCUACAGGUUUGUAAAGGACCGAAGACCGUCCAUAUCUCCCAACUUCAACUUCCUCGGUCAGCUGCUGGAGUUUGAGAAGGGCCUGCGAUUACUCCAAGCUUUAACUUCAACCUCUGACGACAAGAUCUCUGAGAACAACACUAAGCAAAACUCAGAGGUUAAUGGAGUCAGCACAGGCUUUGAGAUCAACGGUCACCACAGCAACUAUGACUUAUCUGUGGCAGAGCCACACAUCCCACCAGAACCCAAGCUACCGUCACCCACUUCCCUCCAGCAAGGCUUCAACGGCCUGCACCUCUCAGCAGAGAGGAUUAUGGACACUAACCGGCUCAAACGCUCCUUCUCUCUGGACAUUAAAUCUGUCUACUCCCCCAACAGUCCCCACUGCCCCAGCCUGGCACCCACACACUCUGAAGACGUCCCCAAGCUGUGCAAGCUUGACAGCCCAGGAACAGGCACCUCCAAUGGCGUCUGCUCCCAAUCUCCCGUCCUAGACAGCCCCAGCUCCUCUGAUUCACCGUUCCCCUCACCAGGCAGCGGGGGCAGUAUCGGAGGUUUGGGGCUCGGAGGAAGUGAAGGAGUCCAUCGGUCUAGUUCUUCCUCAUCUAGACCCAGGAGAAAACCCAAGCACAGCUCCGGCAGUUCACCGGUCCACUCCCAACCACACCAACCUCCGCAGUCUCUUAGCUUGUCGCUGGACCACAAGAGCCCCAGCCUGGACGAGAACCUAAAGGGUUCCCUGCUCCUCUCACUACCCUCCCUGCCCACCGUGGGGUCUGGAGCCAUGUGGACCAAACACAGAGACACUGUCCAGGCUACCACUCCUGUCACACCGGUCACCCCCACCACAGAUGCCCCCUGGCACUUUGGGGCAGAGGAGGGCGGUGAGAGAGAGAUGGAGCUGGGUGGAGGAGGGGAUGGAGGAGGAGGGGAGUCGUCGAUGAGGUUUGGGAGCAGCUCUGCCUACGUGGCGUUUGGGUGCAGCGAAGGUGUGCGGUUACGAGACAAAUCCCAGAGGGAGAAGCCCUCGGCGCCACAGACUCAGAGAGACCACCGGGACUCCACAUCGUCGUCCGCAGUGUCCAUCUCCAACAGCUCGAGCAACAGCGGACCUGCAUCAGAGAAGCAGUUCAAGCGGCGCAGCUGUCAGAUGGAGUUUGAGGAGGGCAUCUCUGAGACACGGUCCCGAGAAGAACUGGGGAAGAUUGGGAAGCAGUCGAGCUUCUCUGGGAGCAUGGAGAUCAUCGAGGUAUCCUGACAGAUAAUGGACAUGACCAGUACUGUCCCUUGGGGGCAAAAAUGGACCUGGUUAGAGGAAGACAUAUGAGGAGGAGCAGAAGAGGGUUUUUUGUGGUCCCCUCACAGACAGUGUUAAAGACUCCAACUGAGAGAAGGACAAAUAGACACAAAAGCAGAGAGUUAAUGUGAAAACGUUAGCGAGCGAACCCAGCAUUCGCACCUGGACGGACAGAGCCUGAGAUGUGGUGCUUAGCAGACCAUAACCAUCCUGAACUCUCAUACAAAUCUGAAGAAAAUUCUG